AAUCCUCUAUCAUGAUCACAUACCAUGUUUAGGCUUUAUGAGGAAAAAAAUAGUGACCAGGAUUGAGAAAUUGCACUUGCUCCCCAGCUCAAGACCAGCGCAGGGAUUAAAGCAAAAGGGGAGGACAGUUUGAGCACCAAUUAAAGGCAGCCGCGGCAAAUUGGCCAUGGCCUGCCAUCUCCUUCCUUGCUAUCUUUAGCCGCUGCUCGCAUUGCUUGUGGACGCAGGGGAGGAGGGUGAUCGCCCGGGGGAGCCAGAACAGAGGAGAGAGGAGGAUAGCGUACCCCCUCCCCUGUGUUCUUGCUCCUCCUCUGUCUCCUCCUUCCUUUGUCAAGCUGUAGGGAGGGAGGAAGCGGAGUGCGUGGCCCGCCGCGCCGCCAGCGUGGGCGGCGGCCAUGGGUUGCGCGGCGUCGAGGCCCGGCACGGUGUCCUCGCCGGCGUACGAGGUGUCGUCGACGUCGUACGGUGUGUCUCGCAGCGUGUCGGCGUCGGCGUCGGCGGAGCUGGGGUCGUCGUCGGCGGUGUCGAUAUGGAGCCGGCCGGUGCGGCUGGAGGCGUUCGACGCCGGCGCCGGUGACGAGGACGACGAGCGGCGGCGGCGGUCCGGGAGGGAGGCUGCUGCUAACGCGGCGACGACGGCGCGGCUGGGGAACAUCCGGCGGUGCGUGGAGGGGGAGCAGGCGGCGGCCGGGUGGCCGUCGUGGCUGAGCGCGGUGGCGGCGGAGGCGGUGCAGGGGUGGGUGCCGCUCCGCGCCGAGGGGUUCGAGAAGCUGGAGAAGGUGGGGCAGGGCACGUACAGCAGCGUGUUCCGGGCGCGGGAGCUCGCCACCGGCCGCCUCGUGGCGCUCAAGAAGGUCCGGUUCGACAGCGUGGAGCCCGAGAGCGUCCGGUUCAUGGCCCGCGAGAUCCUCAUCCUCCGCCGCCUCCGCGGCCACCCCAACGUCGUCGCCCUCGACGGCAUCAUCACCUCCCGCUCCUCCUCCGCCAUCUACCUCGUCUUCGAGUACCUCGACCACGACCUCGCCGGCCUCACCUCCGACCCCGACGUCUCCUUCUCUGAGCCCCAGAUCAAGUGCUACAUGAGGCAGCUGCUGGAGGGGCUGGCGCACUGCCACGGCCGGGGGGUGAUGCACCGGGACAUCAAGUGCGCCAACCUGCUGGUGAGCAGCGGCGGCGAGCUUAAGGUGGCGGACUUCGGCCUGGCCAACCUCUUCACGCCGUCGGCGGCGUCGGCGGCCGCGGCGCCGCUGACGAGCCGCGUGGUCACGCUCUGGUACCGCCCUCCGGAGCUCCUCCUGGGCGCGACGGCGUACGAGCCCUCCGUCGACCUCUGGAGCGCCGGCUGCGUCUUCGCCGAGAUGCACGCGCGCCGCCCCGUCCUGCCGGGCCGCACCGAGGUCGAGCAGAUCCACAAGAUCUUCAAGCUCUGCGGCUCGCCGCCCGACGACUUCUGGCGCCGCUCCGGGCUCGCCCACGCCGCCGUCUUCCGGCCGCAGCAACCUUACCCGAGCCGCCUCAGGGAGGCCUUCGCGGGCUCCAUGCCGGAGCACGCGCUCCGCCUCCUCGCCACGCUCCUCUCGCUCGACCCCGCCGCCCGCGGCACCGCCGCCGCCGCCCUGGACGCCGAGUACUUCGCGACGCCGCCGCACGCGUGCGAGCCGGCGAGCCUGCCCAGGUACGCGCCCAACAAGGAGAUGGACGCGAAGUUCCGGGAGGAUUCUAGAAGACGGAGCAACGCCCGGAGCCACGGCGGCGACGCGGCGAGGCGGCCGUCGAGGGGGCACAAGAGCAUGCAGCUGCUGGACACGAACCAGAGUCACGUCCACGCCGAGGAAUCGCUGCCCGUUGUUGUGGACGGCGGCGGCGGCGCGGCGGCGAGGAACGACGGCGACUCGCGGCUGUUCGUCGACCUGGAGCCCGUGCCGGCGAUCAGCAGCAAGCGGCACGACGGCGGCGGCGGCGACGCGGCGCCGUGCGCCAGAACCGUGUCGAGCAGCUUCAAGGAGGCGCCCCGGGUCGCGCAACGCCUCCCGCUCUCCGGCCCUGUGCAGCUCGCCGCGUCCACCGGCUUCGCCUGGGCCAAGAAGCCCCGGCCGGACGCCACGGCGGCGGCGGCGGCGGCGGCGGUGACCAAGAGGAGCGGCUCCAAGGGGCCAGGAACCAACAGCAAUGCCGGAGGAGACGCCGAAAGAACGACGGCGGCGGCCACCGCCACUACCCCGGCGCCAUACGAGGCGGAGAAGCAGGAGAUGAUCAAGCAGUGGGCACAGGUUGCUGACGCCUUCAGCACCUCCGAAGCUUACAACAACAGGCUCAGGCAGACGCUGGAUGCCAAGCACCUCAAGACUGGAAAGAAGUACAAGGGAAAGGUGGACAGGGUGGACUUCUCAGGGCCGCUGCUGUCGCAGCCGCGGCGCAUUGACGAGCUCCUGCAGAACCACGAGCAGCACAUCCGGCGAGCUGGCCGCCGGUCAUGGUUCAAGAAAGGCAGCAAGGAGCAUCACUGAUGACAACACAUGCACGGCAUGAUCAGAACCAGACGGGCAUCAGAUUUGUGUGUACUUACCACAGAAAGAAAACUGAAGAUGCUGCAAUCAAACGGAAGGGAUGAAAGGAGCUGGACCAUGAGUUCCUCCUGAAGUCCUGAUGAGCAGGUGUUUUUUCAGGCUGGACAGACAGUCAGCCUGAUGCCAUCAGGGUUAGAGCUGCCGUAGUGUGUUCUUCAGGUUUCAUGCAACCAAAUUUGCUCUACCUGAACUAGACAACACCGUUGUUGUUGUUGUACAAGAUCUUUUGUGCUCACUUGUGUUGAUAAUAUGCAUGGGAAGCUCCAAAAUGCGGUUUCCCAUUUAUUGCCAUCCAAUUGCCGCAUCAAUUUCU